CCCAGAGGGAGUGAAUGAAGAUACAAAUAAACUAUAACUUUGGAUAUAGCAAGAACAUAUUUUCCUUACUCUUCACAUCGUCAAAUUCGAGUGGUAAAAUGACUGAUUCAAAACGAAACUUUGACAGGUCAUAUGUGUGAUAAUUGAAGGUAAUUACUGUUUAUCGCCGCAGCAGUUUCAUUUUGGGAUAAAACAGUGAAGAAUUAGCUUCGCCUCUUCGCCUCGUUUGUUCGGUUUGUUCCACUCCGCCCCACUUUCUUUGGGUUGCUAGGCGACGGUAGUCAGGUGACUGUCUGCAGACAGAACAUGGCUGACCUGUCAGAAGACCAAAUUUAGCAUAAUCGAUCUUAUUUUUUACGUCGUUUCUGACCACAGUUGACCGUUGUGGAGAGCGAUUGACCUGAGGUAUUCAAGAUGAGCGGGUUGCCGGGGGGAAUAGCAAAUGGCCCAAACCGGAGUGAACACUUAAAGAAAGAUGUUCAGAUUUGGGAGAGACCCUGGACUCUUGAAGAGAUGCGGCAGAACAGUGCCAACUGGUCCUUGGCAGCCGACUCGGGGCUCUUCCUGUUCCUCCAAGACUUCUCCCAGAGAAUGCUGUCAAAGACGCAUGAUAUUGAAAAGCAGUUGGACAGUCUGAUCCGUGACACCAAGAACACAGAUAGCUGCUUGCACUCUGUCUUUAACGACUUUCUCAUGCUUUCCAAUACACAGUUUAUAGAAAAUAGAGUGUAUGAUGAAGAGGUAGAAGAGACUAUUCCCAAAGCUGAGGCUUUGGAGAAGCAGCCUGAGCAGGAGAAGACUCGAGAGCAGAAAGAGGCAGAGUUGAUCCCAAAGAUGCAGGAAGCUGUAAACCAUGGUCUGAGAGUGCUUGAGUCAGCCUUUGAGCAUCUGGACAUCAAAGCAGGAAACUCUGAUUCAGAGGACGAGGAGGUCCCCGACAGACUGGAGGCCAUCCUGGAACCGAAGGAUCUUUAUGUGGAUAGGCCACUUCCAUAUCUGAUUGGUUCCCAGGCCUUCAUGGAACAGGAGGACGUUGGACUUGGUGACCUCUCAAGUGAUGAAAUGUCAGUUGACAGUGACAGAGACAGUGUUGUUGAGAGCGAAGACGGCAAAGAUGCACAUUCAGAUGAGGACUUUAAUCAGGAGGAGAAUGAAGGUCACAAUAAUAUUAGGAAGAAGUCAUCCAUGUUGAGUUAUGACGAUGAUGAAGAGGAGGAGGAUGAGGAUUCAGACAUAUUCGGAGAAUCGGACAGGGACGAGGAUGACGACGACACAAAGAACACAGGACAAUCGUCUUUUGCUGAUGAGCUGGCAGCCCGAAUCAAAGGUGAACCAGUUAACAAGCCAGAAGGAGAUCGCGCAUCAUUGACAUCUAAGAAGAAAAGUAAAAGCAGGAAAGAAACAAAGCCUGCAAAGCCAGAGGCAGCCGAAGACGACAGCGAUGACAUGUUUAAGCCACCGAAGAUGGAUGAUGAUGACUUCUCCCCAUUUGGAGGGAAAAGUGGCCUCUUCAGUGGAGGGAAAGGCCUGUUUGACGAUGAAGACGAGGGUGAUCUGUUCUCUGAUGCACCGAACCCUCCUGUGUCCCAAGAGAAAAGGGUGUUGAAUGAAAGCAUGAAAAGCCCAGCUCAAACUGCAGAAUCUAACAAACCUGCAAAGAAGAUUCCAGUGGGUGGCGUUUCAAUAUUCCCAGAUAACACUUUGUUCAGUUCAGGGAAUAAAUCUGAUUCAGUAGAGAGCAAAGAGAACGGGACUCCAGCUCCUAAGAUCAAUGCUGCCUCCAAACACGUUCCUACAGCAGCUGGUGUUGGUGGUGGAGGAGGAGGUGGGCUGUUUGAUGAAGAGGAGGAUGAGGACGAGGAUGAUGACUUCUUCAGUGGUAAAAGCCUGAACAAGUCUGAUUCUGCUGGACAGAUGAAGCCCAAGAAAGCUAUUGACCUUUUCGAUGAAGACGAUGAGGGUGGUGACAUAUUCAGUGAAAAGUACAGCGCGCCAACUCCAUCUCAGAGCAAGAAGAAGAUAGUGGAAGAGCAGGUUAAACCACCUGAGAAAAAGCUGCCAGCAGGGGCCAUCUCUAUGUUUGGACCCGAGACUCAAAGCUUGCUCAGCGAGGGCCUGAAAAAACGUCAGCCAUCUACCAGCGAGGAGUCUGAGAAAUCUGAGGAGAGCGGGCCGCCUCCAGAUGCUGCGAAGGCUGCUGUCAAGCAGACUCGGAAACCCCUGACCAGAGGCCUCUUCUCUGAUGACGAAGACACCCAGGGAUCUCCAACUAUCCCUCGGAGCCAGUCUAAGCCUGAACCUACAAGCCUGGGCAAAACCAGCGGUUUGUCAUUAUUAUUUGAUGAUGAGGAAGAAGAGGAUCUUUUUGCAUCCGCAGCGAAGUCUAAAGCAAAACCUAAUCAAACUAAAGCCUCCACACCUCAACCCAGUAAGGCUGUGUCCAGCUCCCUCUUCAGUGAUGAUGAGGACCAGUGGAUGAGUUCUGAAAGUAGUGCGGGGAAGCCAGAGGUGAAGACAGGAGGGAUGAAGCCCAGUGCCAGUGCCCCCUCCAGUCUCCCCAGUGCCACAAUGUCUCACAAAAGCAGCCUCUUUGAUAAUGAUGAUGAUGACCUGUUUACUCCAACAACAGAGUCAAGUCAGAAGUUUCAGAGAGUGGCUCUCUUGUUUGAAGAUGAGGGUAAUGAUGAUGAUGAUGAAGAUAAAGGAUCCCUCUUUGGCAUCAAACCUGCUGUCGACACAAACGCUGCAGCCCCAACACCUGCUGUGGCCUCUCAGUCGUCCUCCCCGUUAGAGAAAUCAGAGGAGGUUUUAGUUUCCGGGCUUGCAGAGGAGGACAAGCCUUCAGAGCAGCAGAAACCGGCAACAAAGACCCGUGAGCCGCUGCCGUCAGCGCCCUCGCCAGAGAUCGGCAGAAGUAAAAAGAAACCUGUCGGAGGAGUCAGUCUUUUUGGAGGCAUCAACAUUCUUGCCAACAAGCAGACAAAGAGCCCUUUGGACGACGUUGACAAUGACGACAGUUUCCUCUCUGACGACAGCACACUACCAAAUGACAAGGAGGAGGAGAAAAAGGAAGAGAAAGUCAAAAUAAACACUGUUAGUCUAUUUGAUGAUGAGGAGGAAGAUGAAUCGGAAUGGAAUGAGCCGAUAGUCACACCUAGUAAACCCACAGCAAGCGACACACUAAAGCCUACAGAGGAGCGACCACAAGCAAAGAGCACAGGGGUGUUUCAGGAUGAGGAGCUGCUCUUCAGUCAGACGCAGCAGAAGGACAACGACCCGGAUGUUGACCUCUUUGCCACUUCAGGGAAAGCUGCGAGCUCCAAGCUCAGCUCAGUGAAGCCAGCAGCACAAAGUCUGUUUGCAGAUGAGGAUGAGGAUGACCUCUUCAGCUCUAUCAAGCAAAAAGCUCCUUCUCCGGCAGUAGCAGAGAAGCCCAGUAAACCUAAUGACAGAGCACCACUAGCAAGUCCAGAAUCUGUAUCAGAGAUUCAGAAACCUGCACCACGCCCUGUAAAACCUAAAGAUUCCUCAUCAAGGAUUGGGAAACUUCAAGCCAAUCUGAUGAUCAACCCUGCUGCGUUGCUCCCUGGUGCUGUCCCCAGUAUGCCAGGGGCCAUUAGUUCCUCCUCUGGGGUGUCCAGCCUGAGCCCCAGCCCUGCCACAACUCCUGUAGGAGCCCAGACGGACCGUGAUGGAGGAGUGAGCUUCGACACCCCAGUCCAGGUUGCAACACUACAGAGCGCACACAAGAACCGUGCCAAAGGUUCUUUACAACGGAGACCCCAGUCCAGAGUAGGGAGGCAGCUAGCAGCCCAACGAUCUUCAACGGAUAAAGAAGAAGAGGCGGUGGGUGGAGAUGUUCCUCGACUGAACCCCAUUCUGUCGGGUUUAGCCUUACCUCCACCAGACAAGUCCAGCCAGACGAGAGCAAGUCCAACACUACCUAACUCAGCUGCGUCCGCAGCCUUGCCUGCCCCCUCACCUGCUCUGUCAUCUGUCUCUGAAAUCUCCAGACCCUCUGUACUGACACUGCCAGUGUCCGCAAACGCUGCACAGAAAGACUCCAGUAAAGACAGCAGCAGUAGCAAGGUGCUGCCGUUUUCUGAUGAGGAGGACCUGUUUGGCUCUGACAAUCUGUUUGGGGCCACUUCAGUCACUAACACACCGUCCACCAGACAAACUACCAAGACUACACAACCUCAGGCCACUAGUAGUAGUAGUAGUAGUAGUAGUAGUAGUAGUAGUAGUAGUAGUAGUAGUAGUGGGGUGAAGACAGACACAACCACUCCUCCAUCUAUUUUUGAUGCCAACACUGAUGACCUUUUCCAAAAGAUGAAACCAAGGUCAACUACUAAGAAAGCCAAGGCCUUGUCCUAUUUGGAAGAGGAUGACGAUGAUGAGGACAUCUUUGGAGUGAGCAACCGCUCUACUCCCACAUCCACAAGUAGUAAAGAAAUCAAGAAUGGCAGUAGUUUUUCAAAGCAGGACAUCUUCCAGGAUGAAGUAGCCACAGUGCAUGAAGUUCACAAGAAGCACAAAGAGAAGACCCUUGAUGCCAGGUUGUUCGAUGACAACAUAGACAUUUUUGCUGACCUGACGGACACUUUCAAACCAAAACAGAAGUCCAAGACAAAGGGAGAGACCAAGUCCAUAUUUGAUGAUGACAUGGAUGACAUUUUCUCACCAAGCCCAGCGAAACCAGUCACGAAGGCUCCCCAUAAAUCAAAGAAAACACCACCGUCUCAGGAGACCAGUACAGCAGCGGAUUCAAGCAACAUAUUUGAUGAUCCACUUAAUGCUCUCGGUGGGAACUGAACUGUUGUUUCUGAGUAGCCAGAUUUGUACAAUUGUGGAUUCAUUCUUUUGUCAUUUGGAUCGCUGAAAGAUUGGAGAUCGGAUACACUGUUGAUAGAGUAUUUAUUCAUAUGAAUUCAUAUAAAUACUGGGGCUUAUUUUUGGCAGAUAAAGACUCAAUUGAAAAUUAUUCCAGUCAACUUCUGACGGAACUUCCAAAAACAUCUCGGUAUCAGAUAUUAUGUAACAGUUAUUAUAUACUGUUAAUCUUUAUUAUAUAUAAUAGCACUUUAUAAGCAUACCAUAUGCUUAGCCUCAAAGCCUGCAGAAAUUAACAGUAAAUUGUUUUUGUUUGUUUUGAAGGUGUUUAUCUUUUUUGGCUUUUCCAUGUUGAAAUGCCAUGUCUUUAAGUUUGUGCCAUAUCGUGGUUAUGAGAAAUCAGUGUGUUUACUUACUGUCUUAGGCCUUUUGACAAUGUUUUUAUUAAUAAGAAAUUCAUCCAUUUCUUAACUUUGGCUGUGAUGGAAAAAGUUAAUUCAUUUUUAAUAACUAAAAAGAAACAUAUUUUAUGCAAUCUGAAAUGAGUGUGAUUAAUUCCAAGUCACUUGUUUUCAUGUUCAUGUCCAUCUAGACUCGGUUAUUAAUCAGUGUCUGAUAUAAGCAGGGAACCCAUUCAGAAGAACUCUAGUUUUGUGAUUAUCAAAACCCUUUCUGUUUCAUUUUUGGAUGAUUUAGCUUUUUGUGUAUUUACUGAGGUCAGUAUUAUUAAAGGAAGAAUUGAAGCUCUACCUUUUUAGCAUUUAAAGAGAAACCCAUCUGGCUGCAAGAAGUUCUAUAACCUUCUCCACAGUAAGUAGCAAGUAAAAGCUUCAUAGAAAUUCGUAGGAUCAUAGAGUGAAGUUGGUGUAUCUGUUUGUGCCUUGACAAUGGCAUUAAAAGCCUUUUUGCUGGUAUGGUGCUACACAUUAGCACUCAUUUGGACGAUAUGUAAUUGUAUUAACAUAUUUGUACGGUAAACAUUUCGACUUCAUGUGAACAUA